AUGAUACAUCUAAUCGAAAAUCUCAGUCAUAACGAAGUGAAUAAAUUUCUAGGCAGAGGACUGUUCUCUCUAAACUGGGCAAUGGAAAGGAAACUAUCACUUAAGCAAGAAGAAGAAGUCUUCGAAAAUCUUGCAGAGAAAGUUAAAUAGGAUAAAUUAAAAAAGCUAAAAGCACAAACAAGACGCUUAGACUUGCUUUGUAGUAUUUUUGGCAUGAUUGGGCUACUUUUUGGAGCUUUUGAGGAGACUAAGAGCAUUUUAGACUUCUUUGGGCGAAACAUUUCUAAGUAGCCGCGAAUUCAAAAUCAACAAUUUAGAUCUAAGACUACUUACACAAUAACUAGAUACUCUAUCUCAACUAUUAUGGCUAAUUUGAUGUUCCUCAGAUUUUACCUUAUUUUAAGAUUACUUCCAAACCUCUCUUUGUGGAUAGAUAUUCACUCAGAAGAUUGCUGCGAAAUGGAAGGUAUUGAGGCAAACUACGUAUUUGCAGUAAAAUGUCUUUUAAAAGAAAAGCCCUAUCAAAUGUUGGCAUUUUAUGAAGAUGAUGUUUAUAUAAAUAUUACUCAUGAUGAUGAAUUCUAUCAAAAUUACAACUAUGUUUGGAACAGUUUUUGGCUGAUUGUAGUCACAAUGACGACAGGUAUCAUUAUUUAUUUCUUAUUUGAUUUAGUCGGUUUUGGAGACUUUUAUCCAGUUACUCAUAUCGGCAGAUUUAUUAUUGUUAUAUCUUGUUUUUGGGGAAUGUUUAUGGUCUCCUAGUUUGUUUACACUCUUUAAGUUUCUUCAGAAUUUAACUUAGCAGAAUAGAAAGCUUUUGAAUUGCUUAGAAGGCUUAUUUAGAAGCAGGAACUCAAGAAAUAUGCAGCGAGUCUAAUCAUUUCAAAAUGGAGAGUGGUUAGGAUUAUUAGAAAUCACAGAAAUGAAGGUGCUACAUAGAAUACUAUAAUACAAGAUUAGGCUAAGGCUCUAGGACUUUCAAAUAAGCAGACGCAGAGCUAUCAAAAUCUUAGAAUGCAUGCAGAGGAAAUAUUCCAAUACAAACUUGACUUGUUCAAAUAAGAGAAAAAGAGAGUAUAGAUUAAAGAAAUGAGAAAAAGUAUUGAUAAACUCAUAUAAGAUCUUGAGGAAGAUAAUGAGGGUCUAGAUGUGAUUCAAAAUAAUUUGAAGAAUCUUGAUUUUGUCUUGAAUAAGAUAGUUUACUUAAAGUCUCAUUCCGUUAAUAUGAUGUUCAAAGAUGCUAUAGUACUUAAAAAGGAAUAACUUGACUCCAAAACUAUAGAAAAGGGAUUAUCUUCACUUCAGAAUCUCAUGUAAAAUGCCAUGUAAAAGAUACUUAAAGAUGUUGACAACAUAGACGAUCCUCUCUCUCAUGAUAAAAAAAGAAAUACUUAAAAGAUGAUUUAAUUGAUUAGUGAAAAAAGAAAUAGCAGAUCGAACUCAGCUGCCUAACAGAGCCCUAGACACAACAAUGUUAAUAACUUGACUUUAAAUGUUGAAUAGUUAAAGCCAACAAAAUCUUUCAGGGAUUAAGUAUCUAUGCCAACUGUGACAAUUCUUGAUCAAAAUGUAGUUGACAUGAAACAAGAACUCAAGAAAGAAAUAGAAGAGUAAAAGAUAGUGAAAUAGCCAACUUAAACUAAGUAGCAAUUUGAAAAAAUUGGACUAAUUUCUCCAGUUAAUUAAAAAAUAGAGAAAAUGCUUGAUGAAUCUGUGAAGCAAACUGAACUCAAGAAAAAUAUUAUGUCUUUCAACCCCAACGCUAGGUUUAUGCAAUAUGAUGAUGUCAUUUCUAAUAAUAAUAGCAUUAAAAAGCAAAUGCUAGCAGAAUAAUCCUAAAUCAAUUUUAACUUUGGCUAGUUAAAUGAUCACAUUAAUCAAGAUUAAAAACCUGUUGACAAUACUACUCUUAAUCUUUACAAUUUGGAAAAUAAGAUGAAAAAGAACUCUAGAUCAUCAUUUGAAGUGGAGGUAUCGAUGAGAGAUGAGGAUGAAGAACUUAAAGCAACUAAUAAUAACAGUAAAUUUAGUGACAAUAAUACUGUUGCAGCUGGCUUUAAUAAUUCAUUGGCCCCUUAAAGCGACAAAAAUCUUAAAAAUGGGUUGCUCUCAUUAUAAAAUAAAUCUUCUGACGGCAAAACCAAGGAUAAAAGUGUGAAAGUAUCUUAAGUGAGGAAAACUUUAAUGAUUGAGGAGAAUUUUAGAUAAAAGAAGAACUCAGAGGAUGAGCUUAAGUCUUUCUAGAAUUCAAUGCCAAUGAAUUCUGAUUUGAAUUUAGUCUCCGAUGAGAUUAAGAAAAUGAUUGCUUCUUAAAAUUAAGAAAAAGAACAAAUUCAGAUACUUCAAAGCAAGAAUACUAAGCAAAUGGAGUUAUUAGAGAAGAAUUGUGACUUAGAAAAUAAAAAUAAUGACCAAGGAAUAUAAGAUGCAUCACCUAAGAUCAAAUAAAUCGAUCAUAACUCUGUCUUUACUUCAAAGAGGAUAAGUUAAAUUCUAGAACAGGCAUUAUAAAUGUCAAUUGAGUUUUCUGCAAAAGAAGAGGUAAAGGAGGUUAGAUAGAGUAGAGAACUAAUGGAUUAAAAGAAAUUAAUACAAUAGUAAUAGCAUCAAAUAAGAAAUCAGAUAUAAUUCACAGCAAAUGAUUUACCUAAAAAGUCAAAGCAAUCACCAUUUAAAAAUAAUACUAUUCAUGCAAACUCACCUUAGAGAAAUUUGCAAUCUCAAAUUACAGUAGAUAACCCAGCAAAAGCAAGAACCUAAGUCUCUGGCUAUACUCCUUUGAAUAGUUUGAAUGAAGAGCAGGAUCGUGAAUAAAUUAAAAUGAGACUUUAAAAAGCUGGAAAUUGGAUUACUGAAAACUUGCCAUCCUUCUUUGAAGAUGCAAUGAUAAAUAUCAUCCAGACAAAUUAGAAAUAUGUGAAUAAGAGACUUUGA